AUGACCAAAGCCACAAUUCAAGCUUCGCAUUUAUUCAAGCCAAUCAAGAUUGGUGACUUGACUUUAAAACACAGAAUUGCACAUUUGCCAACCACAAGAAACCGUGCAAAUCCAGGUGACCACGUUCCAACCAGUUUGCAAAAGCAGUAUUAUACCGAUAGAGCUAAAAGUGGUGCAUUGUUGGUUACAGAAGCCACGAUUGCAACUCCGAAAUUGGGCUUUUAUCCUAAUGUUCCAGGAAUCUACACCCAGGAACAAGCUUUGGGCUGGAAAAAAGUUGUCGACUCGGUCCAUGAAGCCGGCGGUGCUAUCGCUGUACAACUCUGGGGUCUUGGAAGAGUAGCAAGUCCCGCAUUGCUCAAGCAACAUGGAAUCCCAUUUGUUGGCGUUAGCGACAUUUACGAAAAUGAAAAAUCCGAGCUGGAAGCUGAAGAAAAUGACAACCAGCUCCGACCAUUGACCAUUAAAGAGAUUGAAGAGCUCGUGACCGUUGAUUACCCCAAUGCCGUGAAAUUGGCCCUUGAUGUAGCAGGCUUUGAUUUUGUCGAAUUUCAUUUCGCCAACGGGUACAUUGCAAGUCAAUUUAUCAACCCCUUGAUCAACAAUCGUACCGAUAAAUAUGGAGGCUCGAUUGAAAACAGAGCUAGAUUCUUGUUUGAAGUUAUCGACAACACAAUUCAAGCUGGUGUUGAUCCAGCGAGAUUGGCAGUCCGCAUUUCGCCGAGUAACCAAUUCCAAGAGCCAUUGAAUCCUUCAAGAAAAGAAGAUUAUACUUAUAUCGCUGAGCAAUUACAAGAAAGAGCUGACUCGGGCAAGGCUUUAGGGUUUAUUGACGUGGUCGAUGGAGAAUUUGGUCCUGCUAAUGUAGCGGUACCAGUCGACGUUAGUUAUAUCCUUGACAACUGGAAAGGGGUUGUUUUGAGAGGUGGUAGAUAUACUUAUGACAAGGAUGACGGAUGGAAAGCUCUUGUUCAUGAUGCUGAUUCGGAUGAUAGAACCUUGGUUGGCUUUGGAAGGUGGUUUAUUGCCAACCCAGACUUGCCGGAAAGAAUUCAAAAUAACCAGGAGUUGAAUGACUAUGACAGAAGCACAUUCUAUACUACUUAUGACUAUGGUUACAACACUUAUCCGUUCUUUGGCAAGAAGGACGAUGCUGAUCCCGAGGCCAAAGUGUCUGGAACUCCAUUGGCUUGA